AUGCUUCUCGAUAGCGGUCCGCAGUUUCCGUCGUUAGGAGUAGGGGGUUUCGGAGCACCGCGGCAUCACGAGAUAGGGAACAGAGACCCGAGCCUGGGACUGAAUCCCUUCACCGAGUCCUCCCACUCCGCAGCUUUCAAAAUCAGCCCGGUGGCACAUGAUAUCGCCUCUAGCCAGACAUCAGCUUUCACUCCUCAAGCUACUGGAUAUGCAGCAGCGCUGGGACACCCUCACGGCGGGCAAGUGGGCUCCUACGGUGGGGGAGCGUUCAAUUCGACCCGGGACUUUCUCUUCAGGAACCGGAGCGUCGGAGAGACCGCUGCGUCGAGUGCCCAGCAUGGGAUCUUUGCUGCUUCCACGGGGACCCUGCACGGACCUGGGAUCGCCGAUAACCCCGGACAUCUGCUAUUUCCAGGACUUCACGACCAAGGGGUGAGCCACACUUCAACGAGUGGACAUGUGGUUAACAGUCAAAUGCACCUUGGUUUACGGGGGGACAUUUUUGGAAGACCUGACCCGUAUCGUCCAGUCGCAAGCCCCCGGACGGAUCCAUACGGAGCACAGCUCCACAACUACAACCAUCCAAUUAACAUGAACAUGGGGAUGAACGUGCCGACACACCACGGUCCGGGGGCCUUCUUCAGAUAUAUGAGGCAGCCGAUUAAACAAGAACUGUCCUGCAAAUGGAUUGACGAGAACCAGAUGAACCGACCCAAAAAGACGUGCGACAGGACUUUCAGCACGAUGCACGAGAUGGUGACGCAUGUCUCCAUGGAACACGUUGGCGGCCCCGAGCAGAGUAACCACAUAUGCUUCUGGGAGGAUUGCCCGAGAGAAGGGAAAUCUUUUAAGGCCAAGUACAAACUCGUGAACCACAUUCGCGUACACACUGGGGAGAAACCAUUCCCCUGUCCAUUCCCCGGAUGUGGCAAAAUAUUCGCCAGGUCGGAAAAUUUGAAAAUUCACAAAAGAACACAUACAGGUGAGAAGCCGUUUAAGUGCGAAUUUGAUGGCUGUGACAGACGCUUCGCCAACAGCAGCGACAGGAAAAAGCACAUGCACGUCCACACAUCUGACAAGCCAUACAUCUGCAAAGUGUGUGACAAGUCGUACACACACCCCAGCUCUCUCAGGAAACACAUGAAGGUGCAUGAGUCUCAAGGCUCCGAGUCGUCACCAGCAGCAAGUUCUGGAUACGAGUCAUCUACACCGCCAGUGCUGGCUUCAUCAAACACUGAAGACCCGACAAAAACACCACCGUCAGCCGUGCAAAACACGUCUGGGCACAGCGAUGGACUGGCACCCAACUUUAAUGAAUGGUACGUUUGA